CCUCAGGUCCCUUCUCUCAGACGCGUCCACUCUUCGCUCUCUCCAAUGGCGGAUCCGAAUUGGCGUCUCUUCUCUCUCUCAUGUUUACUACUCACUACGCUAGCUCUACUCCACUAUCCCACCGCCUCACUCGCUCAAACGCUCUUCGUGUUUGGCGACAGCUACUACGACGCCGGCAACAAGCAGUUCCUCACCGGGAACAGUGUCGAUGCCAAUUCUCCUCCGUAUGGAAUAUCCAUUGGAGAAGCAACUGGACGGUGGUCCGAUGGCCUCACCGUUCCUGACCAUCUCGCUAGAUUCUUGGGUAUCCCAAAAAUUUCACCGAUUCUAGGAAGCUCGGUGGAUUUCACUCACGGAGCUAGCUUCGCUAUCGCCGACGCCUCCGUCCUCGGUUCCCCUCUCGAGACGAUGACUCUGUCUCAACAAGUCAUGAAAUUCUCCCAAAACAAGAACAAAUGGACUGAUAAAACGCUAUCGGAAGCUAUCUACUUGACAUACAUUGGCUCUGAUGAUUACUUGAACUUUGCCAAGGAUAACCCAAAUCCCUCCGAUGAUCAAAAACAAGCCUUUGUGGAUCAAGUCAUCACUUCCAUGGAGGCUUCGAUCAAGGUAAUUUACGAUGCGGGAGGGAGGAAGUUCGCCUUCCAAAACUUAGCACCGUUAGGCUGCUUACCGGUGGUUAAACAAGAGUCAGGAAACGAGAAAGACUGUAUGAAUUUGCCUUCAGAAAUGGCUGCAUUACAUAACAAGAACCUGUUGAAGCUCAUAGAGAGACUGGCACAAGAUCUGGAGAGUUUCCAGUACUCGUUCUACGAUUUCUUCAGCUCAAUCCAGAACAGAGUUUUCGAGCCUGACACUUACAUUUUCGGGACAGGAACAGCUGCUUGUUGCGGGACCGGACCUCUAAAGGGGACAGGUUGUGCAGCCAAAAAUGUGUGUGUCAAUCCAAAUGAGUACGUCUUCUUUGACGGUAAGCAUUUGACACAAGAUGCGAACCUUCAGGUAGCACAUUUGAUGUGGAACGCAGACCCUCAAGUCAUUGAACCCAACAAUCUCCGUGAGCUUCUCCUCUUUCCUCUCGACAUACCUUUCAUCUACAGUGUCAAAAGGCUAGACCAAGUUGGUAAAGCUGGCUCUUUUGUGAUGUAAGACAUAAUAAGAUUGUGUAACUGAAAUAAUAAGGCCAAGGUUGUAUCUCUGGCACUUCUUAAGAUAAUCUACAGCCAAUGUCGGGUGAUGGGCAACGUAACGAGGAUAAUAAAAUUAUUCAAAUAUG